UGAAGAUUAUGCUUUUCUACAGCAAUUCAGAUGCUGAUUGACAGAACGUUACAAUACCAACUGCCAUUACAGUAUGUUACAUGCCAAGUGUGGGCUUGAUUUCACGACCUUGUGAGACAACCCGAUUGUCGGUGAUGUCAUGACUGGAGCACUGCUGCACAAUGACAUGAGCUGCGAUGACCCACGAUGCUUUUGGGAGUAAGGCCUCCGAGUACCUAUAUAGGCGCAACAACUUGGCCGUAGCUUCUCAACUUUGUUCGAUACAAUAAAAUCGUCUGCCUUCGAAUUCCAAUUCCAACUCAACAACAACGCAACUCAUCAGUUCCGCAGCUGACCGUUACAAUCGACACCUUACGCCUGUCCAAACAAAACAAGACCAUAUCACCAUGACUGACAAGUCGCAAUUCCAGCAGGGACAUGAGAUCCCUGUCACUCAGCAGAGCUUCCCGGGCAAGGAGAAGGACUUGCCCAUCGCGGCUGCGCACGAGCAGAUCCCCACGGAUGAGGGCAACUACCAGACUUACAAGGCCGCCGGCAAGCUGCAGGGCAAGAAGGCCAUCAUCACCGGAGGUGACUCCGGGAUCGGCCGUGCCACUGCUAUCCUCUUCGCCAUGGAGGGUGCUGACUCCCUUAUCGCCUACCUCCCUGAGGAGGAGGACGACGCGCAAGAGACCAAAAGGCGGGUGGAGAAGUAUGGCCGGAAGUGCUUCCUCUACUCCACCGACCUGACCGACAGGGGCAACUGCAAGAAGGUCGUCGACGAGGCCGUGAGCAAGCUGGGCGGUGUUGACAUCCUCUUCAACAACGCUGCGUAUCAGAUGAUGGUGGAGGAUAUCAAGGACCUCUCCGAGGACCAAUGGAUCCACACAUUCAACACCAACAUCCACCCCUACUUCUACCUCGCCAAAUACGUCCUGCCGCACAUGAAGCCGGGCUCGACCAUCAUCAACAACGCCAGCAUCAACGCCUACAUCGGACGGCCCGACCUCCUGGACUACACGUCCACCAAGGGCGCCAUCGUGUCGUUCACGCGCGCCCUGCACAACCAGCAGAUCGGCAAGGGCAUCCGCGUAAACGCUGUCGCUCCCGGCCCCGUCUGGACGCCGCUCAUUCCCUCCACCAUGAGCGAGGACGCGCAGAAGCAGUUCACCAGCCCCAUGGGCCGCCCCGCACAGCCGAGCGAGAUUGCAACGUGCGUGGUGUUCCUCGCGUCCAAGGAUAGUUCGGCGGUGUCGGGACAGACCAUCCACUGCAACGGCGGUACCGUCGUCAAUGGUUGAAGUUAGGAUGGAGUGAGUGCAUGGGAGAAUGAGAUAGUAAUGAAGGUGUAGCGUUCGGAUAUCAUCACCACUCACGUUUGAGCCUUGAAAUGUAUGAGUGAGAUGCGUGUUCGUGGCAAAAGUU